CAGUGUGAAUUUUUCUUCGUACUCCAACGACGUCGUAACGCGCAGCUGACUGUCCUCUACCACAAAAAGUAUCUGGCUCCAGUUGUAGAGAAAAAUUCUUAUUAGAAAACUAUUAAUUGUAGAGUUUGUGUGCCAACAAACGAUUUUGUGAGACUCUAAUUCGGAGUGCAAAUAAAUUGAGGGCAAAAUGUCUAUAUCUGCAAAACAAGCUAACAGGGAGCACGUCCUGGCUGUUUCCAGGGAUUUCAUCUCUCAGCCACGUUUAACCUACAAAACUGUUUCUGGUGUCAACGGUCCUUUGGUAAUUUUGGACGAAGUGAAAUUCCCCAAAUUUGCUGAAAUUGUACAAUUGCGCCUUGCUGAUGGCACAAUUCGCUCCGGACAAGUGCUUGAGGUGAGCGGUUCCAAAGCCGUCGUCCAAGUUUUCGAAGGUACUUCGGGAAUCGAUGCGAAAAACACAGUGUGCGAAUUCACUGGUGAUAUUUUGCGUACACCUGUGUCUGAGGAUAUGUUGGGUCGUGUGUUCAACGGCUCAGGCAAGCCCAUCGACAAAGGUCCCCCAAUUUUGGCAGAAGAUUUCUUGGAUAUCCAAGGUCAACCUAUCAACCCCUGGUCACGUAUUUAUCCCGAAGAAAUGAUUCAAACCGGUAUUUCCGCUAUUGAUGUGAUGAAUUCCAUUGCUCGUGGUCAAAAGAUUCCAAUCUUCUCAGCUGCUGGUUUGCCACAUAACGAAAUUGCCGCUCAGAUCUGUCGUCAAGCCGGUUUAGUUAAGAUCCCCGGAAAAUCUGUUUUGGACGAUCAUGAAGAUAAUUUCGCCAUUGUGUUCGCUGCUAUGGGUGUGAAUAUGGAAACUGCUCGUUUCUUCAAACAGGAUUUCGAAGAGAACGGUUCUAUGGAGAAUGUGUGUCUUUUCUUAAACUUGGCCAACGAUCCAACCAUCGAACGUAUUAUUACACCUCGUCUAGCCUUGACCGCUGCCGAAUUCUUAGCAUACCAGUGCGAAAAGCACGUGUUGGUCAUCCUUACAGACAUGUCUUCAUAUGCUGAAGCUUUGCGUGAGGUGUCGGCUGCUCGUGAAGAAGUGCCCGGUCGUCGUGGUUUCCCCGGUUACAUGUACACUGAUUUAGCUACCAUUUAUGAACGUGCCGGUCGUGUUGAAGGUCGCAAUGGUUCCAUUACACAAAUUCCCAUCCUUACUAUGCCUAACGAUGAUAUCACCCAUCCAAUUCCUGAUUUGACUGGAUAUAUUACUGAAGGCCAAAUUUACGUUGAUCGUCAACUACACAACAGACAAAUCUAUCCACCAGUUAACGUGUUGCCAUCGUUGUCACGUUUGAUGAAAUCUGCCAUUGGUGAGGGUAUGACUCGCAAGGAUCACUCUGAUGUCUCCAAUCAGCUGUAUGCCUGCUACGCCAUCGGUAAGGAUGUACAAGCCAUGAAAGCUGUCGUCGGUGAGGAGGCGCUGACGCCUGAUGAUUUGCUGUACUUGGAGUUCUUGACCAAAUUCGAAAAGAACUUCAUUUCUCAGGGUAACUACGAAAACCGCACCGUCUUCGAAUCGUUGGAUAUUGGCUGGCAGUUGCUGCGUAUCUUCCCCAAGGAGAUGCUGAAGCGUAUUCCAGCUUCGAUUCUUGCGGAAUUCUAUCCCAGAGAUUCCCGCCAUUAAAUUUAUUAUCAAAUAUGUUGCUUUUCAUUUUGUUUUUUGUUUUUUGGGUUUACGUAUCCGCUGCAGUUUUAAACGCAAAGCGCCAUCAACUUACAUCCCUAUCAAAUAUACUAUUAAUUAUCAGAUCAUAUGAAAAACAUCGAUAGUAAGUUUAACUAUAAAUUGGGAAAAAUGUGAAAUAUGCUUCAAACUGCAACUGAAAGUGAAAAUCCUAAUGAAACUAAUUAAUUAUGGCCGAACGAAGAUAUUUAGCAAAAUAGGAGACAAUGAAUUGUAAUUGUGACGCGCUUGAUGAUUCACACGUCCGCUAUGUGUGGCGUUAAAAUGUUUUAUUACAACUACUUAAAUUAUAAAUGUGUUAGAUAAAUUGUAAACACUUUGUAAAAGUCAUUAAAUCUAAAAUAUUUGCUAAAUUGAAUGUUAUGUAAAGCAUAAAUACCGAUAACACACCUUACACCGUAAUAAGAAUGUAAAUAACUAAUUGUUUAGAAAAGGCGAAUCACUGUAAAAAACGCAGCAAAGAUAUGCUACUUCGUGUUUUAUUCGUUCAUUGUAAGAUCUUGUAAAUUAUAUCAGGUUUUUGUGUCUGCUAAUUAUACUUUUGUUUUAUUUUAUCAAAAAACUUAAAGAUUUCUCUGAACCUAGAUAACGCAGCCCAUCACCAGUCGCAGUUGCGAUAAAACUUGUU